AUGCUAUUGUUUUUUCGUAUUUUCGUAGUUUUUGUCGGAUAUGCUUUAUGUGAAAUUAAUUUUCAUGAAGACAAUUCUGUCGAAUAUGAUUCAAGUGUUGAAUAUAAUCAAGACAUUGAUUACGGUUCAGUGUAUAAUUUUACGGGAUUUAAUUUUACGGGAUUCAAUUUUACUGUAAAUCCCGAUUACAAUUUUAUUGAAGGAAACGUCGAGUUAGAAUAUGCGUGGACUAAUUGCUAUUUUGAUAUUGGCGGUGUAAAAUAUUAUGACAGUAGUGACGUGGCAUUCAAAGAAGGCACUAUUCAUUUUGUUGAAGAAGAACUGACUGAAGAAGAGAAAUUUUAUAUUAAAAAUAAUAACAGACCAUUCGCGAUUGAUGGUGGUUACUCUGAACUUGGAUAUUACAUUACAAUCCCAAGAACAGAACCUGGAAUACCAUCAACCAUCAAUGUUAUAGGUGAUAACGAAAUAUUCGUUAGUCCGGAUUUUAAGUCAUUCGAUAACAAGCAAGGCGACAAAUUAAUUUCAGUUUAUACAACCUUCUUCGAUUUUUGUGGAAGACUAUGGAUGGUUGAUACCGGAUUAAUUGAUAUACCAGGUGUACGAAAACAAGUGAAACACCCAUCACUAGCAGCUUAUAGACGGGGCACUGAUCAUUUGAUAUCCAGUUAUGACAUAAGCCCUUCUGUGCUGAUCAACGGCACAGCUACUGAAGCAAUAAAUUUUAUAAAAUACACAUUGACAUCGAAUUUAACAACUGGAAGAGAACGUUUGAAGUCAUUUACUGAUAUCAUGAUGUCUACUCGUGGAUCUGAGGCUGCGAAUUCAUGGGAAAGCGAACUGGAAAAUCAUCAUAUCGACCUUCUUGAGAAACGGAAAUUUUUGUUCUCUCUCAGCGUGGAUACCAAUAACUUGGUAUUUGUAAACAAAGCGAGAGACGGUGUACUAUGCUGGAAUAUGGCGACUGAAAUGAUACCUGAGAACGUCUAUGAAGUAGCAAAGUUAAAUUUCACUUCAUCGCUUUACAUAUCUGAUGUCGUAGUCGUUGGAUAUAGAUUGAACAUUUUGCUUAACAGAAAGUUAAACGCAUCACAAUAUCAGGAUCCCGACGAAUGGAACUAUUACCUGUACUCGAUGGAUUUUGAUAGUGCGAUUGAAGAUACAGCGUGCUUCUUGAAUAAGGACUAUUAUAAUUUAUAUCGUAGAUACUAUGUUUAG